AUGGACCGGUUGGACCAACUGGCCUGUUGGUCCGAUGGGCAGGUUGGACCAACUGGCCUGUUGGUCCGAUGGACCGGUUGGACCAACUUGCCUGUUGGCCCGAUGGACUGGUUGGACCAACUGGCCUGUUGGCCCGAUGGACCGGUUGGACCAACUGGCCUGUUGGCCCGAUGGACCGGUUGGACCAACUGGCCUGUUGGCCCGAUGGACCGGUUGGACCAACUGGCCUGUUGGCCUGAUGGACCGGUUGGACCAACUGGCCUGCUGGCCCGAUGGACCAGUUGGACCAACUGGUUUGUUGGCCCGAUGGACCGGUUGGACCAACUGGCCUGUUGGCCGGAUGGACCGGUUGGACCAACAGGCCUGUUGGCCCGAUGGACCGGUUGGACCAACAGGCCUGUUGGCCCGAUGGACCGGUUGGACCAACUGGCCUAUUGGCCCGAUGGACCGGUUGGACCAACUGGCCUGUUGGCCCGAUGGACCGGUUGGACCAACUGGUUUGUUGGCCCGAUGGACCGGUACGACCAACUGGCCUGUUGGCCCGAUGGAACGGUUGGACCAUCUGGCCCGUUAGCUCUAUGGACCGGUUGGACCAACUGGCCUGUUGGUCGAAUAGACCGGUUGGACCAUCUGGUCCGAUGGCCCUAUGGACCGGUUGGACCAACUGCCUGUUGGUCCAAUGGACCGGUUGGAUCAACUGGCCUGCUGGCCCAAUGGAGUGGUUGGACCAACUGCCUGUUGGUCCAAUGGACCGGUUGGACCAACUGGCCUGUUGGCCCAAUGGACCACCAGUUCGAACAACUGCCUGUUGGCCCAAUGGACCGGUUGGACCCACUGGCCUGUUGGUCCAAUGGACCGGUUGGACCAUCUGGCCCGUUAGCUCUAUGGACCGGUUUGACCAACUGGCCUGUUGGUCCAAUGGACCGGUUGGAACAACUGGCCUGUUGGUCCAAUGGACCGGUUGGACCCAUUGGCCUGUUGGCCCAAUGGACCGGUUGGACCAACUGGCCUGUUGGUCCAAUUGACCAGUUGGACCCUCUCGCCCGUUGGCCCAAUGGACCGGUUGGACCAACUGGCCUGUUGGCCCAAUGGACCGGUUGGACCAACUAG